AUGCCCUCCUUUUUUAAACAUAGCAAUCGAUCCAAGUCGGCUGCUCUGAACAAUCCCGGCGCGCGAACCCCCAGCAUUUCCGGUUCAGCCUCGUCCAUUCUGGAUCUGAAUCUGAAUCUGAAUCUGAAUCUGAAUUUGGCUCAACACGACCCGGCCCGAGCUUUGGAUCAUCAACCACGGCCGGCCUACGCCGCCCAGACUGGUGUUGCAACGGAUUACGAUUCGCGAUUACAGCAAGCGGUGGGCGACUUCCCUUCGCCAUCUCAAUCUGUACGGAAACCGAGCGACGGCUAUCAGGACUCCUCGUCGAGUACGGAUGACCUGGCUUUCAACUCGGGGAGGUCGCAACAUCUCCAAUAUCAACAACCAUCACAACAACAACCACAACCACAACCACAACCACAACCACAACCACAUCAACAACCACAACCACAUCAACACCAAGGGGACGCAGCACAAAAUUCGCGAGUUUUCGAGCACAAGAAAAGCAGGGGUAUCUUCGAUCGCAUUAGAUCAAGCAAAAAUCCGGAGUCCAGACCACCUGCCCUACGAACCACCUCAUCCGGCAGCACCGCUGGAUUGACUCGCAGAAAAUCCAAACGCCAGGAAACUCCUGCCAUCCAAACAAGCUCGCAAAGUACUCUGGUGGAGCUGCACAAGUUCGACUGGCCAUCGGCACACGAUUCAACGUCGCGCUUGCCGUCGCCCCAAGACAGACCAGACGACGGCGGGGACCUGGAUCCAUUUCUCACCAGGGAGCCCGGACCGCAUAGCCUUGUGAGAGAAGACGGUCGCUUGCGCACAAUACGCCCUCUACAGGGAGACCCAGGGCCACCGACUCAUUCGCAGAACGACGAACAGGCUCAGCAGGAGCACCACAGGCGAGCUGAGUCGCAAGGCUACUACUACCAAGCGACAGACCGGAGUCAUCAACCGCAAGUGAGCAAUCACCCACCAAGGACCCCACCAUUCACAGGCGAUCUGCGACACCGAAACCCCGAGACCAUCUCGCAAUUCUCCUUCGAAUCACAGGUGGAUGCCAGAGAGGACCAACAACGACCGGUCUCGGUGCAGUCGAACGAACAAUCCUUCUCCUUCAGCCACCCACAACACCAGGAGUUCUCAAGCAGAACUACCUUGACCCCCCAAGGCCCUCGCCCUCCAUCACAACACGCUAUGGCGCAGCCUGGCAACUCUUCUGCCAACCGUAGACCAGGCGAUACAAAGCAGACAUUACAAGCCGGGCAGGGAGAACCCCGAGACGCCUCCGCUCUAAAUUACAACAGAGCCCAGCUCCCUGGCAGCCAACCGUCAGCUGCCGGCAUGGGUUCUGCUCUCCCAGGUGCUACCCCCGGAACUGUGUACAGAGGGGGGCCGAUACAAAGGGAGUAUAGUAAUACAGGUAUGGGGGAGCUAGGUCGGAGCACACCGCCUCCCGUCCCCGGAGAAAGAGAGGUGACGGAAAUGUACAAGGAGCUGAUGACCAAGUACAAGAAAGUCAAGGGUCUUUACUUCGAGAAGACUGCUCAGGUCGAGCAAUUACAAAAUGCUCUCGCCAACCAAAGACUCUCGCAGUCUCGAACAUCUCUCGACGACAGCGAAUACAUGACGAGGUUUCAACGGCUGGAUGGCGCGACGACCAAUCUGGCUUUUAAUAUUCGAAAACACUGGCGGACUGUGCCAGCAUGGUUAUCACCGUCGGUCAAUCAAGACGCAGUGAAGAUUGGCAAGCAAGAGAUGACCGCAGUGGGCCGAGCCUGCAUAACAAAAUUUCUUGUCGACGAGAUCUUUAAUCGGACCUUCCACCCCGGGCUCGAGGUGGAAUUGAGUACCAACCUGAAAGCUAUAGAGAAAAAUAUUCGUCGAUUCUCGCCCGUAUUGAACAGCCAAGAAGAAUCGGAUGCUCUGACUGCGAAGGUCGUGCAAUGGCGGUUGGCAACUUUAGAGGGUCUCAGAGAAGCCCUACAUUCCCCUCUAAGCGAGGAAUAUCGGAAGGAAUUCUUGAGAAUGACCGCCACAAAUCUUACCGCCAGCCUGAUCAACUUUCUGCAAGAUCCGAUACCGCCCGGGAUCGAAGAAAGCGCUUACAUGAUCGUCGAGCUAGCUAUCAGCAUAGCCUCCAACCUUCCCCUGGAGAGCCGGGAUAUCGCAAUCACGUAUCCGAUGCCAGGCGACGUGGUACACGCCUCUUACAUGAAAGUCGAGCUCGGAAUCCCGGCGCUGGAUAACCCCGGGGCCGAGACGGCAGACACGGAUUCGGCUAGCAUGGGGAGUCUCGAAAAGGACGAGAGGGAGGAGGGCAGCGAGAAGAAAUCAUCGAAGAAAGACAAGAGCAAGUCUUCCAUGCUGUCCGCGAUGAUGGGCGGCUCGAGCAGCGGGACGAACAGCAGGAAGCCGAGUAGCAGCAGCAGCGCGCCGAAUUCCAUCUCGGAAUCGAGCACCGAGGGCAGGAAGUUCGUUGCGGAGGAUGGGACGCUGAUGGUGCGGUUUGCGGGCUUCUUGGCGGUGGAGGUGAGAGGGAGGCAGAUUCUGGCCAAAGCGCCGGUUUUCACGGCGAUAGAUGAGAGCAGGAGGUUAUUCGCUUGA